AUGCAUAUAUUGAUGUAUAAGCUGAAGGACUCGUCGCUUGGCAGACUGGUUGUGUCUGUUCUGGUAUUUGCGCUCUUUGUGCCGUUAGUAACUCAUUACUAUUUAGGAAAACAUACUGUGCCUUCUGAAAGAACUCCAAUGGACCACUUUCAAACGCGAUCGAAAUUAGACAGACCUGCUGGCAAAUUCGACUUGUUGUUAGAUAACAUUGAUGAUCUGAAAUAUCAAGUUGAUGAACUUCAAAGAAUUAAGCUUUCUCUGACAAACGAGUUGAGAGAGCUGGAAGGAAAAAAGAACAGACUUCUGACAGAAAUAUCCACUUUUGCGAAAAAGGCGGAUGGAACGCGAAUUCAAGCAGAGCAUUAUCAUUCAGAUGUGGUUCGAGCUAAAAGGGAAUUAGAACUAAUUAAACUUGCCAAAGUGCGAGCCAAUGACUGUCCAGAAUUGCCACAAUUGAAAUUGCCUCAGAGACUUACAGUUCCUUCUGAAAGUGAAGUAAGUCCACUUCCAGAUCAGAGAAUCUUGUCAAACUGCCAGUUACACAACUGUUUUGACUUUUCAAGGUGUUCUUUUGAUUCAGGAUUCCCUGUUUACGUGUAUGAGCGCCCUUUGGGUCAGCGAAUGUUUGACUCUGACACUAUGAUAAUUUCGCAGUUGUUGAAGGAAAGUCAUUAUUUUAUUUCAGAGCCAGCGAAAGCCUGCCUGUAUAUAGUUAUUGUUGGAUUGACAGAAGGAAUUUUGGAACGUAAAAGUAACUCUGAAUUUCAAUCUGAUUUGCACUCUCUGCCUUACUGGGGAGGAAAUGGUAGAAAUCAUUUAAUUUUAUAUUUAACAAUUAAAGCAAGCAACCACUCUUCUAAUUUUCCAUCCUCGGAUAUUAACACUGGACUUGCAUUAAUUGCACAGUCAACAUUCCCUGAUGGCGUUAUUUUUCGCCCUGGCUUUGACAUAGUAUUGCCACCUUCAAAUGGGCCUCUAAAGGGAGAUGCUUGGAGUCGUGCCUCUCUUCAGCUCCCGGCAAGAAGAAAAUACUUGUUGAGUUUUCAAGCCAUGCAUACUGAUCAUGUCACAAAAGCAAUGGCAGUUCUACGUGAUCAAUUAAAUGAGCUUUCCAGGGAGGCCAAAGAUUUCUUUAUGGAGUUAUAUUUAUUGAAGCCUGGAAGCUUUAACUCAAGUGAAGAAGAUGAAUGGUUGCUAUGGGGAUCACAUGAAAAUAGAACAAAAGUUCUCCAUCAAUCAACAUUUACUUUAAUUGCGGGCUCACAUGGCAAGAACUCUAAUUGGGAUAAUUGUCAUAUACGGCUUCUUGAAGCUUUGCAAUGUGGUGCCAUACCAGUAGUACUUUCAAGUAGAGCAGUGCUUCCUUUCAAUGACAUGAUUGACUGGCACCAAGCUGUGAUUAUCCUUGCACCAGCUCGUGUUCCUGAAUUAAAUGUCUUACUUCGAACAAUCACAAAUGAAGACAUACUUCAAUUACGUUGGCAGGGUAGAUUUCUUUGGGAAACAUACCUGUCAACAACUAAUGCUAUUUUAAAAACAAUGUUAGCNUUAUUUUAUUUCAGAGCCAGCGAAAGCCUGCCUGUAUAUAGUUAUUGUUGGAUUGACAGAAGGAAUUUUGGAACGUAAAAGUAACUCUGAAUUUCAAUCUGAUUUGCACUCUCUGCCUUACUGGGGAGGAAAUGGUAGAAAUCAUUUAAUUUUAUAUUUAACAAUUAAAGCAAGCAACCACUCUUCUAAUUUUCCAUCCUCGGAUAUUAACACUGGACUUGCAUUAAUUGCACAGUCAACAUUCCCUGAUGGCGUUAUUUUUCGCCCUGGCUUUGACAUAGUAUUGCCACCUUCAAAUGGGCCUCCAAAGGGAGAUGCUUGGAGUCGUGCCUCUCUUCAGCUCCCGGCAAGAAGAAAAUACUUGUUGAGUUUUCAAGCCAUGCAUACUGAUCAUGUCACAAAAGCAAUGGCAGUUCUACGUGAUCAAUUAAAUGAGCUUUCCAGGGAGGCCAAAGAUUUCUUUAUGGAGUUAUAUUUAUUGAAGCCUGGAAGCUUUAACUCAAGUGAAGAAGAUGAAUGGUUGCUAUGGGGAUCACAUGAAAAUAGAACAAAAGUUCUCCAUCAAUCAACAUUUACUUUAAUUGCGGGCUCACAUGGCAAGAACUCUAAUUGGGAUAAUUGUCAUAUACGGCUUCUUGAAGCUUUGCAAUGUGGUGCCAUACCAGUAGUACUUUCAAGUAGAGCAGUGCUUCCUUUCAAUGACAUGAUUGACUGGCACCAAGCUGUGAUUAUCCUUGCACCAGCUCGUGUUCCUGAAUUAAAUGUCUUACUUCGAACAAUCACAAAUGAAGACAUACUUCAAUUACGUUGGCAGGGUAGAUUUCUUUGGGAAACAUACCUGUCAACAACUAAUGCUAUUUUAAAAACAAUGUUAGCAACUAUAAGGACACGUCUUUCAAUUCCUGCUCACCCUGUACCAUCCUCUCCAACGUCUUCUGUGUUUAGUGAUGCUAGGAUACCUGUGACAAGUUCACCAGAUCCAGAUGCAGUGAUUGGACUGCCUCUAGAAUCUCCAGCCUUUGUUAGGAAUUUUACAACAACUGUUGUGGAUAGAUACAAUUUUUGGAAUUCACCACCAGGUUCCUUUGAGAUGUACCCAAGCUCCCCAUUUGACCCUCUUUUCCCGUCCUCUGCACCUUUUAGGAAUUCUAGUAAAGGAUUUGAACUCAUUGGCGAAGGUGCUGGUGGGGCUGGAGUUGAGUUCAGCAAAGCUUUGGGUGGAAAUUAUCCAGUUGAGCAAUUUACUGUCGUCAUCUUGACAUAUCAGAGAGAAUUGGUCCUCAUAGAAUCUAUUCAGCGUCUUGUUGGGUUACAGUACCUUAAUAAAGUGGUUGUUGUGUGGAACAGCCCUGAGCCACCUUCCUUGUCUCUUAGAUGGCCAGAUAUUGGUGUCCCUGUUCAUGUAAGUAGUGAAGCAUGUUACGUCUUUAUUUAUAUUGUCAGAUAAUACAAGCUUACAUGCAUAAAUUGUAUGAUUACCUACAGUUAGUUCAUGGUUUUAAAAUGUAGGAUUGUGAAAAAGAAGAAACUUUUAGAAGUAUUGUAAGUUAGUGUUCUGUGAUAAGGUUGUUUCAGGUGGCUAGGUCUUUCUGUGAGUAAAGGUACUGAUGUAAAUGAAAGUUGUUAGCAGGGCCAUCACUGAAAUUUCAAGUUGCCUGGUAUUUGCAAUUUGUAGGCAGAAAUUGAAAAGUUACUCUGCAAGUUCUUUAUGUUCUAUGAUCUCCUUUUUCUCAAAGUUGCGUGGGGUUGAGCUCGUUGUAGCCAUAGGAGCACCAGCUCCUAGCCCUUUACUAAAAGCCCCGGGGCUGACGUUAACUUUUGAAGUAGUGGUAGAAAAAUGAAGAUUGCAGUCAUAGCAUUAAAACAUGAAAAAAUUGGCCCAACUUUUUAAAGUUUCAAUCCAUGUCUGGCAUCCUUGCCAUCCAUUGCAAAAGAUGACAGGAUGGACUCAUCGCUGUUACAUCACAUUUCCAGUCAAGGUAUUGGACCUCCGAGUGUUGACAAGAGCUGUCAAAAUAAAUCAUUCAUAGGGUAAGAUUCUUGUAGAUGUAUAACCGGAACAAGCUUUUGUCAAAAUAUACUACGGGUGUUCCUUCACUCUCACCCCUAACUACCCGGGCCUCACUGUUUUUCCUACUCACAUCUUUUUGCACCUUCCCCACAGUCUGAGUGCCUGGAACAGGCCAGCAUUUUGAUGACACAUACUAAGUUUAUUAUUUUCAACAGGUGGUGAAAGUAGCCAAGAACAGUUUAAAUAACCGCUUCAUACCAUAUGAUGUCAUUGAAACUGAUGCUAUUUUUGCUAUCGACGAUGACGUGGAAAUGCGACAUGAUGAAAUACUUUUGGCCUAUAGGUAUGUGCAGUUUGUGUGCUCAUUUUUAUCAAGCUGCUGGCUAUAUCAUGUAAGUCUCUGUAAUUUGACGGGCUGCAAGGCAGUGCCUAUUCUAGCUUGACCUUUUGCUUAUUCUAACUCCAAACAAGUUGAACAUGCAAAAUUACCUGGAUGGUUUGUCAUGGAAAUGGCUUUUGAUGAUACCACAUCCUGAUGUUUGGCCACUGCGUGAUGAGAGGAUGUCUUUGAAGCUAAAUUGGUUUAAUUUUUCUUCAGAAGAUGAUUCCAUGAGUAACUUCACUGGUUUCUUUUUCACUAUUUGUGUUUCAAACUUUGUUUGGGAGAAGUGAUUCUUUUUCAAACAGCAUGUUGAAUUGGUUUUCCAAGAAUGAACUUGGGUGAUCUUCAUGACAUAGUGUUAAAUUUAUUGAAUAUAAAUUUUUUGAAAUGCCUCAUGUUGUCAUUUUCCUUGACUGAUUGGUAAGGGUUUCUGAGGUCAUUAAACCAAUGGAUAGGUGCAAGUUCACACCUGGGCAGAAGAAUUUUUUUCUUGUCUUUUUCUAGUCAUGUUCCGACUUUCAUUUUUUUCAAUGCCUUUUAUAUGGCAUAUAGAGUAAACCCUUAUCUUGAAUCAAACCAAUACAAUUAAGAAGUUACCCGAUUUAUGUUGGCUAAUAACAUUAUCUCUUUCUGGGCUUGUUUAACUUUUUACCAAGGUUAAAUAAAAUAAUGAAAUUUGACCUGCAACAUACUGAUACGUGAAUGACAGGUCUUUAAAAACACAAGCACUUUUGAAAUUUUGUCUUAAUACAGGGUCUGGAGGGAAAACAGAGAUCGUAUUGUGGGAUUUCCUGGUCGAUUCCAUGCAUGGGAUACAGAGAACAAUAAGUGGUUGUAUAGCUCAGAGUAUUCCUGUGAACUCUCCAUGAUUCUGACCGGUGCUGCUUUCUACCAUAAGGUAAGAAUUUUAAUACUAAUUAAGAAAAGUCCCUAAUAUAAAAAUCUACAGGUAAUCUCUUGUUCAUGAAGAAAUGUCCUCUAGGACAAUCAAGACCUUUCUCACUUGCUGUUUGUCUCAUUUCUUGUCACAACCUUUAUGUUUCAUUGAGGAGUGUUCCUUAGGAGAAAUUAAAUAGCGAUCACUUUAAUAGGUUAAAGAAGACAGCCAUGGUGAUAUUCAUAUUGAAAAACUUGCAACCACCUCCCCCUCCUCCCCUCCCCUCCCCCCCUCCUUGUAAGCUGGUCAUUGGUUUAGUCUAUUGCUUUAAUGCAUUCUUUCCACUUUAAAAGUAUAAUGCCACAGUAAACUAAAAUUUCCUGUCAGCAUUGUGGACCUUGGGGACACAAAUCUUUGGAAAAAUAUGGGUUUUUACCCAACAGAAACCCUGGUGGAAGCCUGUUAGUUGGGCCAUGAACACGUCGCAUCAGAUCUGCUGGUCUAGGUUCAAGCCUUAACAUUGCUCUGGACAUUAUUGUCUGUCUUCAACCAGGGGUCAAUUUAAUAAAACUAUAUGUUGCAAGUGUAGAUUACAAAUGCAGCCAUUGUUUUAGAGUCUGGAAACAAUAGCUACACUUGUUUUAUUAAAGAGAAAUGGCACAGGGUUGUCACUAUUUAAGGGCACCCACUAUUGAGUAGGCAGAGGAAGUUGGCGAGUUGGUUUGAGAGUAGGCUUCUCCAAUUUUUAUUUUGAAGGUUGGUACUGUGUUGAGGGUAUAUUGGUGUUGGUAAUAAUAAUAAUAAUAAUAAUAAUAAUAAUAAUAAUAAUAAUAAUAAUAAUAAUAAUAAUAAUAAUAAUAAUAAUAAUAAUAGCAGUUCUUAUUACACAUUUCGCAUACGCCUCAAUGGGUUUACAAAAAUGUCUAAAAUGUUACUAAUUUAAAUGGUACAUAAUGUACUAAUAUUAAAUAUUAAUGUACAUGAAAUUAUCUAUAUCUGAAAAUUAAUAAUGAGAAAAAUUAAAAAUAAAAUAAAAUAAAACUUGUUCUACGGUCCAUAACAGGCAACUAACAAAGUGGCUGUUUGAACAGGAAAGUCUUUAAAUUAGACUUAAAUGACCCCAAGAGAAUUUGAGUUUCGCAUAUGGCUUGGUACCCAGGUCCCAGGUUUUGAUGAAACCCUUACCAGCAACAUAUUAUAGUUUGUAGUUUUUUUUUACUUCAUUGCACUAUCUAUUUAAAUUCCAAAACGACUUUUGCAUUUACAGGAAAUAAUAACCAGUUUCAGAUAUGAAGAUAGUAGAUAGUGAUGCAAAAUGGAGAUCAGAGAGAAAUCCUGCCCAUUGCACUGUCCCCACUUCCUGAACGCCUAAAAUUGGCUAAAGAAAAUAUUACAGAUUGUAAAGGUUUUAUUAUUUUUUUUUCUCUCCUUUGUACAGUACUUUGCAUAUCUAUACUUUCACUGGAUGCCACAAGUAAUCAGAGACAAAGUAGAUGAGUACAUGAAUUGUGAAGAUAUUGCCAUGAAUUUCUUGGUUUCCCAUAUUCGUGUUCCUGAAUUAAAUGUCUUACUUCGAACAAUCACAAAUGAAGACAUACUUCAAUUACGUUGGCAGGGUAGAUUUCUUUGGGAAACAUACCUGUCAACAACUAAUGCUAUUUUAAAAACAAUGUUAGCCACUAUAAGGACACGUCUUUCAAUUCCUGCUCACCCUGUACCAUCCUCUCCAACGUCUUCUGUGUUUAGUGAUGCUAGAAUACCUGUGACAAGUUCACCAGAUCCAGAUGCAGUCAUUGGACUGCCUCUAGAAUCUCCAGCCUUUGUUAGGAAUUUUACAACGACUGUUGUGGAUAGAUACAAAUUUUGGAAUUCACCACCAGGUUCCUUUGAGAUGUACCCAAGCUCGCCAUUUGACCCUGUUUUCCCUUCCUCUGCACCUUUUAGGAAUUCUAGUAAAGGAUUUGAACUCAUUGGCGAAGGUGCUGGUGGGGCUGGAGUUGAGUUUAGCAAAGCUUUGGGUGGAAAUUAUCCAGUUGAGCAAUUUACUGUUGUCAUCUUGACAUAUCAGAGAGAAUUGGUUCUCAUAGAAUCUAUUCAGCGUCUUGUUGGGUUACAGUACCUUAAUAAAGUGGUUGUUGUGUGGAACAGCCCUGAGCCACCUUCCUUGUCUCUUAGGUGGCCAGAUAUUGGUGUCCCUGUUCAUGUAAGUGGUGAAGCAUGUUACGUCUUUAUUUAUAUUGUCAGAUAAUACAAGCUUACAUGCAUAAAUUUUAUGAUUGCCCACAGGUAGUUCAUGGUUUUAAAAUGUAGGAUUGUGAAAAAGAAGAAACUUUUAGAAGUAUUGUAAGUUAGUGUUCUGUGAUAAGGUUGUUUCAGGUGGCUGGUACUUCUGUGAGUAAAGGUACUGAUGUAAAUGAAAGUUGUUAGCGGGGCCAUCACUGAGAUUUCAAGUUGCCUGGUAUUUGCAAUUUGUAGGCAGAAAUUGAAAAGUUACUCUGGAAGUUCUUUAUGUUCUAUGAUCUUCUUUUUCUCAAAGUUGCGUGGGGUUGAGCUCGUUGUAGCCAUAGGAGCACCACCUCCUAGCCCUUUACUAAAAGCUCCAGGGCUGACGUUAACUUUUGAAGUAGCAGUAGAAAAAUGAAGAUUGCAGUCAUAGCAUUAAAACAUGAAAAAAUUGGCCCAACUUUUUUAAAUUUCAAUCCAUGUCUGGCAUCCUUGCCAUCUAUUGCAAAAGAUGACAGGAUGAACUCAUUGCUGUUACAUCACAUUUUCAGUCAAGGUAUUGGACCUCCGAGUGUUGACAAGAGCUGUCAAAAUAAAUCAAUCAGAGCAGGGGUUUCAAAAUGUUUUAGCGGCCGACUCUGGAAAAGUAGGCGGCUGUGACAAUAGAGAUUGUUUUGUUACGAGCUGAUUGUUAUGACCAGUCAGUAGCCGCCGACAUACAGUCAAGUAGCCGGUGGAACUGUCGCAGUCACUGGCUUGUUUUGAAACCCCUGCAUAGGGUAUACAAGAUUCUGGAACAAGCAGUAUCUCUGGAACAAGUUUUUGUUAAAAUGUACUAUGGGCAUGCUUUCUACCCCCCUCCUCCUCCUCACUGUUUUUUCUGCUCGCAUCUUUUUUGUGCCUUAAUCCCCACAGUCUGAGUGCCUGGAACAGGCCAGCAUUUUGAUGACACAUACUAAGUUUAUUAUUUUCAACAGGUGGUGAAAGUAGCGAAGAACAGUUUAAAUAACCGCUUCAUACCAUAUGAUGUCAUUGAAACUGAUGCUAUUUUUGCUAUCGAUGAUGACGUGGAAAUGCGACAUGAUGAAAUACUUUUGGCCUACAGGUAUGUACAGUUUGUGUUCUCACUUUUAUCAAGCUGCUGUCCAUAUCAUGUAAGUCUGUGUAAUUUGUCAGGCUGCAAGGCAGUGCCUAUUCUAGCUCGACCUUUUGCUUAUUUCAACUUCAAACAAGUUAUGAACAUGCAAAAUUACCUGGAUGGUUUGUCAUAGAAAUGGUCUUUAAUGAUACCACAUCCUGAUGUUUGGCCACUGCGUGAUGAGAAGAUGUUUUUGAAGCUAAAUUGUUUUCAUUUUUCUUCAAAAGAUUAGUAACUUCUAUGAGUAACUUCACUGGUUUCAUUUUCACUGUUUGUGUUUCAAACUUUGUUUGAGAGAAGUGAUUCUUUUCAAAAAGCAUCAUGUUGAAUUGGUUUCCAAGAAUGGACUUGGGUGAUCUUCAUGACAUAGUGUUAAGUUUAUUGAAUAUUAAUUUUUUGAAAUGUCUCAUGUUGUCAUUUUCUUGUCUGAUUGGUAAGGGUUUCUGAGGUCAUUAAGCCAAUGGAUAGGUGCAAGCUAGUUCACACCUGGGCAUAAGAAUUUUUUUCCUGUCUUUUUCUAGUCAUGUUCCUACUUUCAUUUUUUGCAUUGAAUGCCUUUUAUAUGGCACAUAAAGUAAAGUAAGUAUGUUUAAGCCUUCUAAGGACUGUGUUUUGUUUAAGAAGUUACCAGAUUUAUUUUGGCUAAUAACAUUAUCUCUUUCUGGGCUUGUUUAACUUUUUAUUGAGGUUAAAUAAAUGAAAUUAACCUGGACAAAUUUGACCUGUAAGAUACUGAUCUGUGCAUGAAUGACAGGUCUUUAAAAACACAAGCACUUUUGAAAUUUUGUCUUAAUACAGGGUCUGGAGGGAAAAUAGAGAUCGUAUUGUGGGAUUUCCUGGCCGAUUCCAUGCAUGGGAUACAGAGAACAAUCAGUGGUUGUAUAGCUCAGAGUAUUCCUGUGAACUCUCCAUGAUUCUGACUGGUGCUGCUUUCUACCAUAAGGUAAGAGCUUUAAUACUUAAGAAGAGUCUCUAAAAUAUAAAUCUACAGGUAGAUCUAUUGUUCAUGAAGUAAUGUCCUCUACGACAAUCAAGACCUUUCUCACUUGCUGUUCAUCUCCUUUCUUGUCACUACCUUUAUGUUUCAUCUAGCAUUGUGUCAGUUACUUAAAGGAGAAAUUAAAUAGUGAUCACUUUUAUUAGUGGGUUAAAGAAGACAGCCAUAGUGUGAAGGGUGCAGUUGGUAAUUAUCAUUUUGAAAAACUUCCACCCUCUCCCCCCCCCCUUUCCCCCAACUCCUUGUAAGCUGGUCAUUGGUUUAGUCUAUUGUUUUAAUGAACUCUUUCCACUCUAAAAGUAUAAUACCACAGUGAACUAAAAUUUCCUGUGAGCAUUAUGGAGCUUGGAGAAACAAAUCAUUGGAAAAAUAUGGGUUGUUACCCAACAGAAGCCCUAGUGGAAGCCUGUUGGUUGGGUCAUGAACAGGUCGCAUCAGAUCUGCUGGUCUAGGUUCAAGCCUUAACAUUGCUCUGGACAUUAUUGUCUGUGUUCAACCAGGGGUCAAUUUAAUAAAACUAUAUGUUGCAAGUGUAGAUUACAAAUGCAGCCAUUGUUUUAGAGUCUGGCAAUAGCUACACUUGUUUUAUUAAAUUGACCCCAAAUUUUUGGGGCCGGCACAGGGUUGUCACUAUUUAAGGACACCCACUAUUGAGUAGGCAGAGAAAGUUGGCGAGUUGGUUUGAGAGUAGGCUUCUCCAAUUUUUAUUUUGAAGGUCGGUACUGUGUUGAGGGUAUAUUGGUGUUGGUAAUAAUAAUAAUAAUAAUAAUAAUAAUAAUAAUAAAAAUAAUAAUAAUAGCGUUCUUAUUACACAUUUCGCAUACGCCUCAAUGGGUUUACAAAAAUGUCUAAAAUGUUACUAAUUUAACUGGUACAUAAUGUACUAAUAUUAAAUAUUAAUGUACAUGAAAUUAUCUAUAUCUGAAAAUUAAUAAUGAGAAAAAUUAAAAAUAAAAUAUAGUAAAACUUGUUCUACGGUCCAUAACAAGUAACUAACAAAGUGCCAGUUUGAACAGGAAAGUCUUUAAAUUAGACUUAAAUGACCCAAGAGAACUUGAGUUUCGCAUUUGGCUUGGUACCCAGGUCCCAGGUUUUGAUGAAACCCUUACCAGCAACAUAUUAUAGUUUGUAGUUUUUUUUUACUUCAUUGCACUAUCUAUUUAAAUUCCAAUACGACUUUUGCAUUUACAUGAAAUAAUAACCAGUUUCAGAUAUGAAGAUAGUAGAUAGUGAUGCAAAGUGGAGAUCAGAGAGAAAUCCUGCCCAUUGCGCUGUCCCCACUUCCUGAACGCCUAAAAUUGGCUAAAGAAAAUAUUACAGAUUGUAAAGGUUUUAUUGUUUUUUUUUUCUCUCCUUUGUACAGUACUUUGCAUAUCUAUACUUUCACUGGAUGCCACAAGUAAUCAGAGACAAAGUAGAUGAGUACAUGAAUUGUGAAGAUAUUGCCAUGAAUUUCUUGGUUUCCCAUAUCACGCGCAAACCUCCCAUCAAGGUAUUACUAACCAACACAAAAAUUUAG